CAUUCUUUCUAAAAUUGUGCCAGCGAGCGGAGCUCAUGUAAAGUGAAAAAUAAAAAAUAAAAAUUUUAAUUCCUCUCAGAGUCGUUGUGUGACGUGUCGAGCAAAAUACUCUAAAACUGCAUUCAGCACGCGCGUGUAUCUUCCCCCGUUCUCGAGUUUGUUCACACACACAUUUUAAAAAGUCGAAAAUUCUGCAAUUUCUCGCACACACAUACAUACGCACGCCGGUUUUUGCGAACUCACUUGAAGAAAAAAAAGAAGCGAGAAGCAGCAGAAAGUUGCAAAUUCGAAAUGGUGACCGAGUCAAAGUCCAUUUUGCCCAAGGCCAGCACCAAGGAGGUACAGUGCCAGUCGUCCGACUGCGAGACUUCCAUGCAGGAGCCGGUCGGCCAGGUGACCACCCCGAAGAGCGGACGUGUGGGUAUCUUCAAUGCAGAGGAUUUCUUGUCGCGCGCUCAGAUGAAUGACAAAAUCAACAACAUCUUGCGCUCGCCCACCAAGCCGCCCAACGGUGUGCGCCAGCGCUCUGUCUACACCAACAACCCAUCGCCGCAAACCAGCAUGCGCUUUGGAAUGGCUGUCGGGCAGCUGUCGCAACGGGUAAGCAACCUCUCGCUGUCCUCCGGAAUGGGGUCCAGUGGCCGCAUGGAUCGCGGCAGCAGCUGCAGCCUCACCGGCAGCGCCAGCGUUGGCACCAACACCAUCACCAUCAACAACGGUAUGGCCAAGGAUCAAGCCGGCAGUCAGUCGGCCCGUCCAUACGUCCACCUGCCGGGCAUACACAUGCCCAACAUGCCCCCGUACCCGGCUGGGACCAUGCAGGAAAUAGACACUGGCAACAGGACGCGCAACGGCACGGCACUUACCGCGCGCUAUCACAACACGGCCCCCUAUGGCUUCGACGGCGAGCAGAUCUACUGCCAGGCUGGAACUCAGAACUCCCAGCAGUUGCCGCCGCCAAUGCCCCCACCACCAUACGCCUUGGGCCGCGUGAGCAGCACACGCAUGUUCGAACUCGAGAACAACACACCGCCGCCAUGUCCCGGCUCUGGACCCAUUGCCAUGCCGAACGGCACCAUCCAGUUGCGCCUCCGCGAGGGAGUGCGCAUUGACAUGACUCUGGACAAGGCGGUGCGCGUGCUCAAUCAGCGCAGCAUGGUGGCAGUUGCUCUAUCGCGCAACUGCAGCAACUCGGCUAUGAUCCACCCCAAUGGACGCAUCUUGCAGAGCGGCUCUAAGGUCGAAAUUGUCACCUAUGACGGCAUGAAGGGCAAUAACUUUGUUCGCUAUGCCAAGAUGUGGUACAAGGGUGUGAGCUUCACCAGCGAGGCGUGCGCUCUCAUCUACCUGGUGGACACAGCCGGGACGCGCACCACAACCGACACUUUCACCGAUCUGACCAAGGACUACACCCUGGCAGUGUUCUAUGACGACUCGCGCCAUGGUCCCUCUUAUGUGGCUGAAGCCCAUGAGGUGAUUGCCAGCUCAGUUUACAGCUGUGCUGAGGAUGGCACCGAGAUCUAUGACAUAAACGGAUUUCGCAUCACCCAGGCAGUCGAUGGCCUGGUUAAGGUCACUCGUGUCUACAACAAGUGCCUGAUUCGUACCAGUCCUGGCAAUGGAUCGGCCACUUUGACCACUCCUGGCAUCCAUUGCACUGCCUCUCUGGGCAAGACCUCGCAUCUGUUUGUUCGUCGCAAUGAGAAGCGUAUGCACUUCGAUGGUUCCUGUUUCAUUGUACGCAACGCCGGCCACUCCGCCGGCUUCAAUGAGAACAACCUGCUCAUUGUCUACUGAGCAGCGUAAUCCGGAGAUGCGGCGCAGUGGUAGCCCAUCCCACACACUCACAUUCACACACACACGUUAACACAUUUCACCUAUAACACAUACAACAGACACACAGAAAGACACAAACAGCAGCACAUUUGAGGGACCUUGACGUGGAGAGGGAUUCAGUUAGGAUCCCCGCCGAAUUUAGGAUAAUCAAAAGAAUCGAAAUCCAUUUGGGAAAUAAGUUAGAAUUACCAGUUCAUUAGGGAAACAUGACACACCAUAAUCCAUAACCCAUAACCGAAGCGAAGGGAACUGUUCCUGUUCCCUGUAUUGGGAACAUCUACCAGGAAACCCCAGCGCGAAUACGUUAAUACUUAUGUUAUCUUUCGUUUCGUUUACCAUGCCUACACAUAUAAUACUCCAUAUAACUAGUUGCUACAGGAAAUCAGGAGCAUUUUUCUGUGCUUCCUUAAACGUUGGCCAAAUCAGACUAAAUCCCAAGCCGGAACGGAACCGAUCCAAUCCGAGCCAAGCCGUGCCAGCGUUUGGUGUUCAAAAAGGAAACAACAAACUAAAUAUCGUUUUGAUCUUCGCUGCCUUUUCGGUCUUUGUCAGUUCCCCUAAAUUGUUUCGUCGCGCAGUUCAGUUCUAAAUUAAAAAACUAAAAAAAAAAAAUAUAGCAAGUACAGUUAAAAGAAAUAGCGCUAAAAAACGUUCCAAAAUGUUCAAAAUUAAGCACAAUUGGUGCGUCUGAUUUAGCAACAAUUAUAGUAGAUCAGAGGACGAGUUCUCUUGGGCGUUACGUUUAGGCAACGUAACGCCAGUGUCGAUUUAUUAUUUCUAAGUUACCAGUUGGGAUAUGUUAGCCCAAUUCAUUCAAUGCAAUCCAAGCAUGUUCAUCCACACCCGUACCGUACCGUACACUCGCACACGUAACCCACACACACACCACAGUAUAAAAAAAAAACAACAGAACACAUAAAAGAUAGAAUAAUAGAUCCUGUGAAAGGCAGAAAGUUAGAAUCUAUUAAGGUAUGAAGCACAUUUGUAACUAGUUUAUGAGACGCACUCGUCCUGGGAGGCAGACGGAUCCCACACACACAAGCAUAAGCCUAAUAUAUAGACACACACACGUAAUGAGGCACUCCCGCCGGUGGCGGUGUAACUGGCACUGGCACUGCGGCUGUGGCCGGAGCCGGCAAGUGCGACGCUUGCACAGUGGUAUUCGCUGGCGUGGAGUUGCGGGCCGCUGAGGCGGUAACUACAGUUGCAGCAGCAUCGUUGCUGUUGCUGCCAGUGCUUGAAUUCAAGUUGCUAGUGGCACUGGCACUGUCCUCUUUGUCCUCGUCCUUGGAACGCUUCAUCUUUCCCCACAAAUUGCUUUAAAAGUCUGCAGAACUAUAGGAAAAUUUUGUUACUUGCGCGUUUGGGGUGGAUAGCCAAUAACAAUAAAAAGUUAAACCCAGUGAGAAUGAAAAACCGUCAUUAGCCUUACGACAAUCUCCAACACCAAAAUUUUCCAUCAUGUAAAAGAGAAAUUCAUGUGUCCUAAAAUCAAUACUAAAUAUAUAAUAAAUUAAAAA